UCAAAAUGGCGGCGGCGGCGGCGAUGAGGCCGAGGCGCCUCCGCGGGUCGGUCGGGGGCUGAGCGCCGGCCGCUGGCCGCCGGACCGCAGCCGAUGGAAGGGCGCUCCCAGGACCAAGCGGAAGCCGCGUCGUCCGCACACCAGCCCAAUGGCGACCAGAGCAGCGCGCUGGGCUCCGUUCCGGGCCCGUCCCCCUCCCGGAGGGCCCGGCUCCUCGCCAAGGCCCGAGCCGGUACAUACAGCAGCACACCUAAGAUAUUGGAGGACAAAGUUUGGACCGACUUCACAACUCCUGCUGGACAGUGUGUUGAAAAUUGUGAAAUUGUGAAUUUUCAAAACUGUGAAGUAAAAACAAUGUGGUCUUUGUCCGUUCCAACAUACAAGCACAAUUUGCACUGUUCUAGAUAUGAAGACAGUAACAGCCUUAAUUCUGAGGACUCGGGUAUUCCUACGCUAGAAAUUGGAAAUCCAGAACCCAUCCAUUGUGGUGUGUUAAAUGUCAGAACAAACAAUGUUGAUCCAUCCCAGUGUGCUGGAUUUUCACACGACAAACUCGGACAAGGUUCAGGUAGUCUCCCACCUGGCAUGUGCUCACCGGCUAUACGACUGGAGAAUGACAAUGCAAUACGAAAAUCCUCCACGUUCCCUCGUUCUGGUUAUGAUAAUGUGAAACUGUACAGUCCAUCUGCAAGAGGAGUAAACAAAGCUGAUGAGAUAUCUGUAAGCAGUAUUUCAAGCCUGAGCACAGAACUAUCCACAACCCUGUCUGUUAGCAAUGAGGAUAUUUUAGAUAGUCUGGUGACCAGUGAUUCGAGUGCAAUCGUAACUCUGGAAACUGAUGAGGCACAGUUCACUGACAUCAGUCUAAAUUCUUCCAGAGACACCUACAUGCAAGCAGACAGUUCUUCAGAACAAGAGACCAAAUACAAAAAAUUGGGUACCCUUGCCAGCUUUUUUACCAGGAAUCUGUUUACUAAGAAACUCAAAGAUACCAUACCAUUAGAGCAGAAUACUCCAAGUUGGAAAUUGUUUGGGAGGAUGCCUGCCAAGGAAAGCCCUCUUAAAGAUUCCAAGAAGAUUCAGCAGGAAUAUGAAGAAGGAUUGAGGAGAGCCCAGAAGUCUCCCUCUCCUAAUCAAUGCGUGAGGAAAAAUCUAGACUUCGAACCUCUCUCCACAACAGCACUUAUCCUUGAGGACAGGCCAGCAAAUCUCCCUGCAAAACCAGCCGAAGAAGCUCAAAAGCAUAGGCAGCAGUAUGCAGAGAUGGUGGCUCAAGUGAAAAAACGAGAACAAAAAGAUGCCCAACGGCGAAGAAAGCUGUUGGAAGACAGGUGUAAACUGGAAGAUACCAUUGGUAAUGCUGUGAUGACUUGGAACAAUGAAGUCCUACCCAACUGGGAGACCAUGUUUAAUUCUCGUAAAGUUCGUGAUCUCUGGUGGCAAGGAAUUCCUCCAAGUGUGAGAGGGAAGGUGUGGAGCUUGGCCAUAGGGAAUGAUCUAAACAUAACUCAUGAGCUAUAUGAAAUUUGCUUAUCUCGAGCUAAAGACAAAUGUAGAUCUCUCAGUACAGCACACUCUGACAUGGACAAUGAAGAUCAAGGGUUAUCUGCGGCAGACAGGGAAGCCAGUUUAGAGCUCAUAAAGUUGGACAUUUCUCGUACAUUUCCAAACCUUUGCAUUUUUCAGCAGGGAGGUCCUUAUUAUGAUAUACUGCACAGCAUUCUAGGAGCAUACACCUGUUACAGACCUGAUGUAGGAUAUGUGCAGGGAAUGUCUUUCAUUGCUGCUGUGCUGAUUCUAAACCUGGAUACUGCAGAUGCCUUCAUUGCCUUUGCUAAUUUAUUGAACAAACCAUGUCAAAUGGCAUUUUUUCGUGUGGACCAUAGCCUUAUAUUGAAAUAUUUUGCAGCCUUUGAGGUGUUCUUUGAAGAAAACUUACCACGGUUGUUCGCACAUUUCAAGAAAAACAACCUUACCCCAGAUAUUUAUUUAAUUGACUGGAUAUUCACUCUGUACAGUAAAUCCUUCCCUCUGGACCUUGCUUGUCGUGUCUGGGAUGUAUUCUGUCGUGAUGGGGAGGAAUUUCUUUUCCGAACUGCUCUGGGAAUCUUAAAGCUUUAUGAAGAUAUUUUGACCCAAAUGGAUUUUAUCCACAUGGCACAGUUCCUGACCAAGCUCCCUGAAGAGAUGCUAUCCGAGGAUCUGUUUGGAGCCAUUGCAGCCAUUCAGAUGCAGAGUAGAAAUAAAAAGUGGGCUCAGAUACUCUCAGCAUUGCAAAAAGAUACGAGAGAGCUGGAUAAAGGAAGUCCUGCUAUGAAACGAUGACUUGCAUAUUUGAAUGUUUGAAGCCAUGUUGUAGUAAAUUGAGUGUUAGGUUCAAAAAAUGGAAAUAAGACUUUGUAAGUCGCAGUGAUGGGCUUCUUACUGUGAUUUACAACAUCGUGUUAUUUGAUACUAACGCUGGAGUAAGCCUUAAAAGAAUAAUCUUACAUAAUUGAAAUUGUGGAUGCAGCCUUAAGAAUUUUGCACAACCUCAUCUCCUAUGUACCAUGGGCAGUUUUUUAACAAGCUUUAAUCCCAAUAAUUCAAAACAAAAUAUUUACUGUACAUCAACUGUACUUAAAUUACAGCAUACUAUCUGUAUAUUCUCAGAUUUGUCCAAUGUGAUUUAUAAAUCUCUCAAGUCCAAACAAUAGAAAUUGGUCACUAAAUGUGGCAGUUCAGUUUCUUUCAACUUUGCUAUCUUUUUGUCAUACCACUUAUGUCAGCAAGUCUGGGUAACAUCAAAUUUAAACCAUAAACCUUGUGUUUCCAACCCAUUUGAUUUACAUUUAAUAGCUUGUUGCAUCCAAUGUCAGCCCAGUUAUAUAACACGUUUCCUGCCUACACUGCAUACACCAAAAUUACAUCUCCUUUUGCAUAUAAUUAUAGAGUCGUAUGCUUUCAUGCACUUGACCUAAUGCUGCUGUUCUUGACUUAAAUGAGACAGCACUAUGGCUGCAUCCGUUCAUCGCAAGCUGUUUAGAAUCAUACCACUAUUUUUUCCCAUAAGCUUUGCAUUUGAAAUAGAACUGCUGUCAUUUUGUUGCUACCCGUGCAAUUACUGGAGUAAUAAAACAAUACAAUUUUAGCAGCAAAAUUAUUUUAUCUAUGGACAACAAAAUGUAAUAAGGUUUCUACUUCAUUAGAAACUUUUUACAAUUCUGGCCAUUGCUACAUUGUGAUUAAAGAUAACUAAUAAAAGUUGGCAUAUGUCAAUGGGUUAAACACUAUCUUUAGAGUAAGGAGCAAUUCAUAUGUGUAGGCAGAAGAUGGAACUGUGCUUGUGUACUCAAAAAUAUGUGAUGUAUUUCUUGGUAAUCUUUAGCUCAGGGCAUUUUUCUCUAUGAAAUUAAAUGGCUUCAUGUACCACCAGAGAUGUAAAACGAAGGCUAACAUGUAAACUUGUUUUUAAUAGCUGCUUGAGUUGUUGGUGGUGAUCUCACUUGUAUCAUUUGUGACCUGAUACUAGCACUUUCAUAACAUCCUUUUGGAAAAAUGAGAAUAUGGCAUAAAAGUUGGGAAUUUUGGAGUUUGGUUACAAUGAAGGUGACGCGCACACACAUGCAGCCACUUUUCACUUUGAGCUUGAACCCGGGAUGGCUGUUCUACCAUUGUGGUAUCAUCAUCAUUCAGUCCUGUACCCACUUUCCAAUCUGUCUUCUCAGCACUGGUUAUUUGGAGCAUUAACCACUUUUCCCUUUGUACUUGGUUUCAGUAUCUAGCUGUUGACAGUCCACCACCAGCAUGCAGGGAGAGCUGAUUCAGCACAAGCCAUUGUUUGAAUCUGCAACUUUGGAGUCUGUUUAACAAACACUAAGGUUCCUUUGACAAUGAGAUAGUUGGAUAAGAGAAAAGAAUCUAGUGCAGUUGUGAAUUCAGUGUAAAUUCUCUUGAACCUUUGAUACUGGAGUUUGUUACCAUUGUUGCAUGUUGGAGCAAGUUACUGAAUUGGUGACAUGCCAUUUGUCAGGACAGUUGCUGAUUAACAUUGUCUGGUGACACCCUGACUUGAUAGAGCUAGCACCAAACAUUUGAACUGGAAGCGUCAACUUUUAUGGUUGGAUUUUAUUCCAAGCUGUCAGGUUAGCUUGUUUUUAGGGUUAUCAGGUCAAUUUGUAAAACAGUUCCAAAAUAUUGCAUUCCGUGUUAACUUCAAACUUUGUUCCAACUUUGUUUUAUGAUCAGUUAAUUGAUAUAUUGAAUUUAUUUACAUUUCUGAAGAAAGAGAAGCUUGGGUUUUUGAGCACAGAUGCAGUGACUUGCAAGGUCAGAAGAUGUUUUAGUAUGUGAACUGAAAUUUUCCUUUGGGAUAGGGAACUGCCCACAAUGUGUGAUUACUGUGCAUACUUCUAUGUAAUAUUCCUUUUAAUCAUCAUAAGUAGGAUAGAAUUUGUCCCAUCAAGGAUGAAUUAUCCUUCAAUUUGGUAUGGGAGGAAUGCACAUCACUGUUAUAAUAGUUGGAAACCCAAUUUGAAUACAGCAAGGCAUUCUAUAUUUUCCCAGCUUAAAAUACGAAUCAAACAAAACAAAACGUGUAACCUUACAAUAGUUUGGAAUGUGUUUUAUUCUGGGACCGUGCAGAAUAAACAGUUAAGUUAAUAUCUGUGCAUUUAUGUUCUGAAAAACUCUGGCCAGUGUUGACCACUUUACCAGAUCACUAUCUCAAUGGAUUUUGCAAAAGUGAACUCAACCCAGUCCUUUGCUGUUGACUGCUUUAGGAGAUGUAAAUAUAUUGGGCCUCUGUUAGCAGAGUGACCUACUUGCACUUGUGUAUAAUGUCUAUAACUGGUACUUGUCGACUUUGUCUUCAGUUCUUUUGCGUGUAGUCCUCUCAUAAAACAAUGCUUUUCUUUUGUAGAUGUGGUUCAUCAUGCAAGUGAAGAUUUAUUUUGGUAGUGUGAAGAAUUAAAUGCUGCAAUAAUGGAAUAUUUGCACAGUUAGUUUUGAAAGAAUUCAUUUGCGAAAUAUCCUCUUCCGGGGUGUAGUAGUUGAACUGAGGAUUCUUUCUUGAAUUUGAUAAGGUUUGAGGCACUUAGUAACAAACAAUGCAAUUAAUAUGUAUAUAUGUCACAAUUUAGCUAUUAUUUCAAAUUGUACAGAUUUAAAUGUUUAACAGUUGUCUGUUUGGUCACCAUUUCAUUGUGACUGCAGUGUGAUUUAUUAUUUUGUUUCUGGAUUUUGUUGGCACUGGAAGUGAUUUUUCACACAUUUUAAAUGUUCUUAAUUGCACACUCAAUGGUAUAUAAUUGACACCAUUUCAAAUCUAUGAAGUAGUGUUUUAAAAAGCACGGCUGCAAUUUUAAUAAUGGUACACACCCUAUUAAUGUUUAGUUUACUUCUGUCCUGGGCAUAAGUGAUUUAAACUGAGUAAGGUUACCAGAUUAUGAAAGAAGAUGUACUAAAUACAGAACAUUAGAUUUUCCUUCAAAUGUAAAUAAGAUGUUUUCCUAAAAUCUCUGAAUAAAGAUUGAUUUAGA